AUGUACGAAUUGAAACGACGCCCCCAGUCCCUCAGCCACAGUGCCUUUCGCAAGUUCGAAUCGGACCCUGAGGAAUACUUCCUACAGUACCUGGCCGCCAACCGCCCGGCCCGUCAAGCACAGCCGAACUACAUGGCGAUUGGAUCGGCUUUCGAUGCGUACGAGAAAGCCGAAUUGCAUGCCGCCCUGUUCGGUGCUGGUAGCAACCCCGAGUUCGAAUUCCAAACGAUCUUUGAACAACAGGUCGAGCCCCACAACCGUGACUGGGCGAUCAAGGCCGGUAAGCACGUCCAAGAAGCCUAUAAGUUCUCCGGCGCACAUGAUGACUUGUUGGGCUUGCUGCACAAGUCCAUUGAAUCGCCCCAGUUCGAGUUCGGUGUCGAAAAGGAAAUCGACGGAGUGCCUCUCAACGGUAAGCCCGACUGUCGGUUCGUGCUCCCUGGUGAUGACGGUCGAAAGGUCCAUGUGAUUCUGGACUGGAAGGUUAAGGGCUUCUGUUCAAAGCACGCGACCAGCCCAUCCAAGGGUUAUGCCCUCUGCCGUGACGGUUACGAAGCGGCCAAGCCGUCUCGCAGCCAUGGGAAGGAACACAACCAAUACCUGGCGUACAACCACCACGGACUCAUCAUCAACACGAGUUACCUGGAAGCCUCCAAGCCAGAAUACGCCGACCAGACCACGAUGUAUGGCUGGCUGUUGGGUGAAGAAGUGGGUGAUGAAGAAGUCGUCAUGGGUAUUGACGAGAUCGUUGCCAAGCCCGCAGAGCCUUGGCCGAUGCUUCGUGUCGCCAACCAUCGUGCCCGUGUCAGCAAGGGCUACCAACUUGAACUGAUGCGACGUCUCCAACGCUGUUGGAAAGCAAUCACCACAGGUCACAUCUUCCCUGACAUGACGGUUGAAGAAAGCGAUGCCCGUUGUGAAAUCCUCGAAAACAUGGCCGCCGGUUUGAAGUCAGCCGGUGAGGAAGACGAAUACUUCAACGAAGUCACACACACGGUAACGGUGUUGUCCAACUACGGUGACCCGAUUGGCUUCAUCGCCCUGCGAGGUGUGGAAGAUGCCGCCGAGAUUCGCAAAGUGGCGAUCAAGAGUCGCUACCGCAAACAGCAGUUGUCCUACCAACUGAUGGAAAGCGCAAUUCUGUUUGCAAGGCAAAAGCGAUUCAAUUCGAUCUUCAUCAUCAUCCCCGAGGCCAUGAUCGAGACCGUCGGACCUUGGCUGGCCAAAUUCAAUUUCACAGCCAAGAAACCGAUCAUCCGGGAUGCGUUCCACGCCUAUGGCAAGCCCGAGAACGGAGUGAAAUUCGUAUGUCGCCUAUAG